CCAGCAGGAUUGUUAUGGUAAAUACUAGUAAUACUCAAUCAUCUUAUUAGGAAACCAAAUUUAAACUUACCUAGCAUAGCACCUCCCUUUCAUUAUGUUACCUUAAUCAUCCCCAUAUAAAGUAUCUAUAAAUAUGAAGUUGUUAGGCAUCGGAAAAACAUAAUAAUAAUAAUAAUUCAAAGUAAAGCAAUAGACACACUGAAGAGUCACUAACACAAAAUUCUUCAAUGGCAGCAUUCAUCAAAGUUCCUGGCUUAGUCCUUUCUCUUGCUUUCAUUGCUGAAGGAAUUGAUGAGGGUUUCAGAUGCAAUCCUGGAAUUGUUAUUAGCCAAGAAAAACUUAGUAGAACUGUCAACGGACAAGAAGUAUGGAAUACAACUGUGGAAAAUACAUGUGAUUGUGUUCAACUCCAUGUUUCACUAAGCAUUCCCAAUUUCGAUUCUGCCGUUAAAGUUAACACUACCGUCAUCUCCAAAUCCCACGACGAUAUCUAUGACGUUAAUGGAGGUCUUCCAAUCUAUCCACACAGUGGUGUCUUCUUCACUUAUGCUGGCCAAAAUCUUAACGUUACAACAAAUGAUCGCACAGAGGCUUGUUCUUGUAAAUAUUAUUAUAGAGAAUAUAUUUUCCUUGAUUUCUAUGGGUUUAUACGGUAAAAGAAAAAUUAUUUCUGCUUGACGGAAAUAAAUUAAAUUGCUUUGUCUUGUUUAAGUUUAAGAUGAUGUACUAGAAGGAAUUGUUGAGUUUGUUG